UGGAAAAAGAACAGUUUGGAAAAAAUGUCCUUUGGAAAAAUAAUACUUUUGAAACUUUCGGCAUUGGAACUUUUAUUUGGGAACUCUUGACUCCAGACCGCUGUUGUGUAGGUAAGAGUGAAUGAUAAUUUAUUAGCAUUAUCUACUAAAAAAUAAAAAUGUUUAAAGGUAAAACAACAACUACAGAACGAAUGUUAUAUUAUUCGGGAACCAUCUCAACUAUGGGUGAAGUACACCAUGGUAAUACGGUGACUGAUUAUAUGGAUCAAGAAAGAGAACGAGGAAUAACUAUCACUUCCGCGGCCGUCACGUUUCUGUGGAAAAGUUACAAAUUCAAUCUAAUCGACACACCUGGUCACAUAGACUUCACCAAUGAGGUCGAACAGAUGCUGGGAGUUCUUGAUGGAGCGAUAGUUGUUCUGGAUGGUUCAGCUGGAGUUGAAGCUCAAACUUUAACCGUUUGGCGACAAGCAGAUCGUUACAAUAUUCCAAGAAUAAUUUAUGUUAAUAAAAUGGAUAGAAAAGACGCUAAUUUCGAAAAUUGCGUGAAAUCUAUUGAAACAAAGUUGGAGACUAUUCCUUUAGUCACUCAACUACCUUUAAAAAGUGACCAAUCCUUAAUUGGUAUCGUAGACAUUGUCACCCUCGAGAAAUUGAUCUUCAAUCAAAGCCUUCAGACAAUGAAAAUACAGAGGUUAAAACUCAGUGAAGAUGAUGAACUACUAUUUGAAUUGGCGAAAGACAAGCGAAAAGAAUUAAUAGAUCGGAUUUCAGGAUUGGAUGAUGAAUUAGCAAAUAUUGUUAUAGAAAAGAAUUCUUUAGAUGAAAUUCCUGAUCAAAAUUUAGUUGAAUCUCUCCGAAGAGUUACUGUAAAAAGAAAGGCAGUGCCUGUUUUACUUGGAAGUUCAUACAAAAAUAUUGGCGUUCAACCUCUAAUGAAUGCAAUUGUUUUAUAUUUGCCUUCUCCAGAUAUGAAUCCACUUACGAAACUCUACAGUUGUUUUCGGGAGUCAUUGUCGGCAAAAGCUUUUAAAGUUAUUCAUGAUAAACAAAGAGGUCCAGUAACUUUCCUUAGAAUAUUCACAGGACAGCUGAAAAAGAAUCAAAAAAUUUAUAAUGUCGGAAAAGAGAAAACUGAACAGGGCGGUCGACUUUGUGCAGCUUAUGCUGAUGAUUACGUGGAAAUACCAGAAAUUGAUCAAGGAAAUAUUGUUGCCGUGACUGGACUUAAAUCGGCAGUUACUGGCGAUUUAAUAUCAUGCAGCGCUAGUGCAGCUAAUCGAGCAAAAGUGGCCUUAGAGAAACGAGCACACGUCAAAGCUGAGCAGAUCGAAAAUAUUUUUUCCAAUAAUGCAAGAAUUCCAGAUCCAGUUUUCUUUUGCUCCAUCGAACCUCCUUCUUUAUCUUAUCAACUAGCGUUGGAUAAUGCUCUUCUUGAGAUACAAAAGGAAGAUCCAAGUUUACAGGUGUCACAGAAUGAGGAAACUGGUCAAAUCGUAUUAGGAGGGAUGGGAGAAUUGCAUUUAGAAAUAAUUAAGGAAAGAAUUCGGAGAGACUAUAAAAUAGAUGUCACCUUAGGAACUUUGCAAAUUGCCUACAAAGAGACUAUAGACAAAACUUUUAGAGACAAGUUUGAACUAAAUCAAACAGUUGGAACGAGUAAACAUAGAGUAGUCCUUGAUCUUUCCUUGUUACCGAAUCAUAAGAGAAAAGAUAUUCUUUUAUUUGAUCAUGAAAAAGAAAGCGCAUCAAAUCUCUCUAAAAUACAUCCGAAAGUAUUAAGUGCCCUUAAUGUAGGUGUUGAUACUGCUUUAAUGUGUGGACCUAAAGUUGGUUGUCCUUUAAUUGAUGUGGGAAUAAUGUUACAUUGGUUGGAAGUUGGAAGAGGAACAUCCGAAACAAUGGUGACUGCCGCAAUUGCUCAAGCUAUUCGAAAGAUGAUAAAUUCCAUUGGCUGCAUUUUAUUAGAACCAAUAAUGCACUUGGAAAUUGUUACUGCUGAAGAAUCAUCCUCAUCAAUUUUAGGAGAUUUGGGUCGCAGAAGAUCUGAAAUAAAACACAUUAAUGUCCGAGGAAAAAAUAAGGUUUUAUAUGCUGCUGUUCCAUUGUCUGAAUUGCUUGGAUAUUCCACAACCUUAAGAAUAUUAUCAUCAGGAAAGGGCACAUUUACAAUGGAGUUUAGUCAUUAUCAAUCAAUGGACGAUAACGAAGAGCAAAAUGCAGUAAAGAGAAUCACAGGAUUUUGAAUAAAAUUAUCUUGUAAUAUAAUAAUAUGUAAAUAGGCAUAAAUUUUUAUUUAUUGUUAAGGAAAA